UUUUAAAACUGGUUAUAAGAUGUAUUUAACUAUAGAAGGUGACAGGAUCCAGAAACCAAACGGCGAGUGAUGCAGUCAUGUAACAGCCUGCUCAACAGGAAGUGAACUCGGUCAAAUCAAGAAGGAGGAAAAACAUAAUCUAGAAGAGCAUUUUGGGGUGAUUUAUAUUGUGAUGGUUUGUAUCGAUUCACUGAUAGAAUGGUUAGAUAUGCGACACCAAUUACUAUGGCAAACAGCGUCGCUAUUGCUUCCUGCAAAACAUCCAGUUGACUCGCUUGUAGCCAAUAUUGCCUGUACAUUGGAUGUGGUAUUGAAAUAUCAGAGCUAGCUUUUUUUAUAUAACUUGUCUUCUUAUGUUGUUAUUUAACCUUUCACAAUGCAAACAACCACUUAUUUUCGUACGUGACUACAAUAUGUGAAGAUAAUAGUUUUAAUAUAUUUCCAUAUAUCGUGGACUUUGUCUUAUUUAUUGAAAUACGUCUCCAACAAGUUUCUGUUGUGUUUAUCCUCAAUAGAGUGAUGCCUGCUUGAACGUAGAGUACACUGAUAUGGUGAACAUCUAUUUACAAGAGAUUUCAUACAGAUUACAGAGGUAUCUAAUACAAUUGUUUUAUCAAAGGAAACAUAAACAUUUUAUCAAGACGACAUUACAGAUAUGUUGUUGUUUUUCUAAUACUUAUAAAACGUCUUUUCACAACGGAAAAAUAUGGAUUAUUUGGAAUAUAAUUAAUAGUAGUAGAUAUCAAUAGAUUUCACGAGAAAACAACUUAAUGACUUUUGAUAUCGUUGAUUGAAAUCGUGACAAAUAUAUAAUACACAGUACUUCAAAAAGAAUAUUUUAAUAGAAUCUACUGAAAAACAAUUCCAGCUGACAAAGUUUGAAAAAACAACAACAACAACAACAAAACAACAACAACAAUAUAAAGCAGAAAACUGACAGUUCGUUUAGAAUAGCACUGAGACACUGCAACAAAUUUGAUUCAUUAAAAUCAGAGGAAUCGGUUACAUUUUAUGUAAAAGAACAAAGAUAUGACUGAAGAAUUCAGAAGAUGGCAAGGUGGACCUUGACGUGGAUAAUCAUGCUGUUUCAAGGUUUCGGCGAGUGUCUAAAGUGUUUUCAGUGUGACAAUUUCAUGAAUCCGGCGUGUGGUGUCAACUUUAAAUCAUACCAGUAUCCGCCAGAAGACUGCCCGGGAUCUCAGUACAAGUGUGGCCUUCAAAGGCAGCAUCCGAAAGGAGAUUAUAUUGGUAUUAUUAGAGCGUGUUAUCCGUUAGGAUCUUUAGGACUAGAGGACGAGAGUGACAGUUGUCAGGAAGUUCAGCAUGAACUACAUAAUACAACAUUCUUAUUUUGUUUGUGCAGUGAAGACUACUGUAACAUUGCUUCGAGAACAUCACCAUCUAGUGUCAUACUGCACGUGAUAGUUAUAGCAAUAUCAUUUGGCGUAGUGACACUCGGACGAUAGUCACGUGCCUAGUUCAGAGAAUUGUAAUUAAUGUAUGAAUGUUUAUGUAUGUUUACACACGGGAUUAUAUAUGCACAGUGAAUAAACUCCAAGAUAUCCCAACAUCAACAUUAUUUAAUGGUGUAUUAUGUGAUUUUACUAUAGUGUCAACUUGUAGGCUGGACGAAAUUCUUUGAAAUAUAAAUAAUGAAAUUACAACCAUAAAGUGUAUAGAGUAACACUAUGACGAUACUCGCCUUUUUCUAAAAACUUUGUGGCCAUACUAUGUACAUCCGCAUAUGUAUUUAUUAUUUUCAAAAGAAAUAGGAGCCGGUACAUUUUAAAACACAUGAACGAAUUUCAUUUUUAUGAGCAUAAAGAUUAAAAUGAAACGUCGUUGUUCUGUCAUAUUUGGUAAGUUAAAUUAUUGUUAGAUGUAUGGUAAUAUUUUGUGAAACAAUUUCCACAAAAAAACGGUAUUAGUUCAUUUUUUUUUCAGAUGUAUAGCAUAAAUAUAAUUUUGCGAUGACAUUACUAGAUUUUGUAUGCAAUAAUACAAUCUAUAAGAGUAUCCAGUACAUAUCCGCAAGUUUCUUUUGCGUAUCUUGUUGCUUUUGUUUAAUAAGCGUGUUACUUUGUAAAUUUUAUUUAGUAAAAAAGUAGAUAAUUAGUCGAGAAUUACUAGAUAAUUCAUGUAUUUCAUAGAACACGACGGUCAUUUGGAAAUUUAUCGGCAAGGCAUUAAGAAUGUAUCAUCUGAAAAUUGUUGUUUUAAUCAAUAAGCGUUGUUGGGGUGGAGCACCUAUUUCUGCUCGAUAUCAUACAGCUCACUAUAAGUAUCCUCGUUGGAAAAAGAGAUUCAUUGUAAUACAAAUAGUCGUAUCAGUACUUGUUUCUAACGUGUUUUGUCAUUUGUUCUUUAUAUUCGAAAUUGUAUCCUUUAAACAGGUGUAAUAUUUACGGUUGGCGUCUGAGUUUCUGAUUUAUGAGCCCAUUAAUAUCCAGUGCAUGGCUCAAACUGUUGGAAGACAAUGAAGGUAAAUGGAAAUGAAAAACAUUAACUAAAGUAGUCAUCAGACACCCAAAUCUUAUAUUUUCCUUUAUCUAAUCGUAGACGACAGUAUGUAAGAAUUGGUUGAGAUCUGCUGUUUCAACAUAUUUUCAAAACCGAACUUCUAUAACAACUUCAAUUCCUUUGUAUUUUAUUUCAUAUUUCUUAAAUAGAGAAUAACAGGCUACUGUCUCUUGGUAUCAGUGUUAUUAGGUCGAGGUUCAAAUACCUAGUUGAGAUUAAAUAAUCUGUCUAGAAAAAAGCCAUGCAAAGCAAAAACUGGACUAAUAAAAUUCAAUCUGAAAGGAAGCUGAUGUAAAAACUAGUCCGUCAAUAUGUGGGAGCUUCAUUUUGAUAUCAGGUCAUUGACCUUGACCUGAUAUCAAAAAUAAUAUCGGGCAAGUGAUAUCAGGCACUUUGCAUGGUAGUUGUAUGAUAAAUUCUUGUAUGUAUGUAUGUAUGUAUGUAUGUCUGUCAAUGACGCUAAAAUAGUCAAAACCACUUUACUUAUUAUAACAUUCUAGAAUUAAAUGCACUUUUAUAGCCUUUUAGAGCAUUGCAUUGUGAGUACGAAGAAAAGUCAAUUAAAUCGGUUGUAUGUCUUGUCUACUCAGUUCAAUAUUAAUUCAAGUGAAAUAUCACGUUUGUAACGAAUAACUGUAUUCCAUUUGAUGCAAUAUUUCAAACAUUAUUGGUAAUGUGUUUUUGACGCCGAAACAGAAUACACAAAAGUAGAAACGACAACAACAUUUAGCGUUAUUUAUAGGAAUAGUGUCUGCAAUUCACAAUGUCAAUUGUGUCCUCAGUGAUAUAAGCUUGUAACAUUAUGAAUUGCAUUUCACACUAAUACCAUUUUCAAGGAGCGAUACGUCGGCAAUGCGAAAAUGUCAAAUGUGAAAACAUUGUUGAAACAACACAGAAAUGAUAUCUUAAUUAUUAUAUACUGAUUACAUUAAAGAAAUGACAAAAUAA